UUGAGGGGUUUUGGUAGAUUUCAUACUUUAUCUUGUACCACUGCUUCUGUUGCAAAUAAGGCUGGUCCCAGGAAAAAUGACUCACACUGAGAACAAAUCAUUUGGAAGCAGGUAUAGAUGAUGCAAGUAAUGACUGGGAGUGCCCAGAAUAGAUGAGCAAAGCAGUCUGAGGGAAGAAGGAGGAAUGAGAACUCUGAAGAUGGGCCCUCGCCUCCAUCAGUUUGUGCAGAAUAAAACCUGCUUUCAAAACCCAGCUGUUCACCUCUGGUCACAAAGGAGAGGUUCCUAAUGCCCAGGUGAGAACCAGACUCCUAGCUUUACAGUAAAGCAAACCAGAAUACAAGAUGCAAGUUUUAUCUUUCUGUAGAACUUUUGCUUUGUGAAUGGACGUGAAGCAUAGAAAUUUAAUACAAAUAUAUUUUCUCUCCAUACCUGUAAUAAAACUCUUUCACAAACCCUGCCAGGUACCAAAAGGCUAAAACAAAUCUUGUACCUUGGGGGAAAGUUUUUUAAUGUAAUUUGAUUUGUUUGGCUCUAAAAGAUAAAAGAGAAGAAAAGGAGCAUUUUCCCCCAAAACACUCAGAUCGUAUUUAAGCAUUAUUUCUGAACAUCGUUUUUUGUAAAUAUUCGUGCAAAAGGUUCAUUGUUUGGUUGCUCUCAAAGCAUUCCAAGCAAUCAAAAUAAUUUGGAUUUUUUUUUUUACUUACCUAACAUUAUACAGGUAAGGUUUUUACAGCAUUUAUUAAAUUUUAGUUAACAUUAAUGAAAAGUGAAGACAGCAAUUGAAGAUAUGCAAGGUUCGGUAAAAUUACUUCUUAUUAGAACAUUUCUGAAAUAUCCAUCCAUGGUAUCACUGUAUACACUGUCUUAUCUUAAUUGGCGAAUUUGCUAUAGAUAUGUUACAACCAACUUUUUCUACUUAAAAAUUUUAAGGUGACACAUUGGCAGUGAUAACCCCUUUAACAUAAUUUCAAGAGCUUUAUGUACUAGGCGGUUUGGAUGCUACUGCUUAAUUUGAGUGACUAUAAAAUAAUUUGGGUUUUUUAAAGAUUGAGAAGCAUUUCCCAAGGUUAACUUUCUCAACAGAAAAUUGAGUGUUAGAAAUUCCACCUCCCACAGACCAGAAUUCACAACCAUUGGUCAGGGGCAAAUACCACUGGCUCUGCAUCCUCAGUCACUUCGUGCCAUUUCACCAAGUAGGAGCCAAAGGUAAGUUUUACACUUGCUUUCUUCUUGGGUUAUGGGCUUUUUUCCCCUACUAUAACAACCUUUAAAAAAAUAAUUCAACUUGCUUUAAUAUUUUGUGGUGAACUUUGAUUCAAUGGAUUGGACUUAAUUUUGCUAUUUUUAUAUUAUUCUUGGAAAAUCCAAAAUUCUGAAUUAGCUUAGGAAUUCAUAACAUACAGCAAAAUACUUGAUCUUAAUAGCCAUAAUAGAUGCCAAUAAAAUUAUAGUAGUUUCCAGAAUAUUCUUUAAAUCAGGUGCCCUGACACAGAACACACUCUUUGCUUGUAUUGACAGGCACUACUGAUAUUAUUGAUUGAAAUAUUAUGGCAAAGAAGAACAUGAUGAGACUUCAGGUGCUUAAAAUGUACUGAUGGUCAUAUUAAAAUUAUGUAUUUAUGUCUUUUAAGCUAUAUAUUUUAAAGGUUUUUAGAGGCACAUAUUAUUAAAAUAUCAUUAAAUGGUGUGAGGUGGACAGUAAGUUCAAAAGCUUCAACAAAGACACUACAUUAAAUACUAAUAUAAUUACUCAAAGUGGAGAACAUGCUUUUUAGACUAUGGAUAUAUGUUCUCCAUAUUUUUAAGGUUCACACAUACUGCCUUACUGAUGAUAGCUUUAUGGGAUAUGCCAAAUGCAAGUAACUCUAACAUGCAGACAUCUGUAAUCAAAUACAGAGUAUGAAGUAAGAAAAAGAAUAAGGAAGUUCAUAAUUCUUUUGAAAAAUGAAAGUUGCCAGAAACAUACAAGAAAAAUAUUUAUUUUAUUUUUUUAGGUUAAUGGUGGCCACUGUUAAUGUUUUCCACCUGAACAGGGAAGAAUGGUCCCUGAAAGACUUGCAAAACGCACCGUUUUAUUAAAUAGGACUUGGUUGGUAAUUGCACAAAACGGUUCCAAAUCUGAGAUUUUGCAAAGACCUCUGCAAAGGCCAGUAAAAUAGAGGCUUAGUUUAUCCAGUGUGAAUAAAAAAAUUAUUUGAAGAAAGCAUAGGAGGGGAUAAAAAGGAGCUCCUUGUAUACUUCUUAUUCUCAGAGGAAUUUCAUAUGCUUCUUGCCUAAACCUGCUUCAUAAAGACUUUCUUUCAAGUAACUGAAGGUCAGUUUGUCUGCCAGUACAUUCAAGUUUAAAAGUAAUAUUUAUCAUGAAUUCCCUUUUAUAUGUGUGCAUAGGCAAAAACACCAUAUGUACUGUUCUUAAAGUCAACCCAUGGAGUUUACCCAAAAUAUAAAAGCUUUAAAAUCAGACAAGUUUGCUAAAAAGUUUUACAAAUACUUUUCUUCCUCAAUAAAUGAUCACCAGGCAACACUUUUCAGAGGCCUAAUUUUAGUGUUUAUAAUUUAAACAUGAGAGAUUUUUCCUAAACUAAAAUGUCUUCAAAGGAGUAUAUAUAGAAUUAAAAUACUUAAAGUUGUAAGAUCUUGAUUGAAUCCCCCAAAGCAUAAUGUGAUCACGGAAAAUAAGUGUUGUGUUUAUUAAAGAAUCACCAAAGAUCUCUCUGUUCUUGUGUGUGGACAAAUCCUCCUCUAAAGAAAUCUUGCUAAAUGGUGACUGUUAAGUCAUGUAUUCCAAUUGAUUCUGAGUUUAAACUUUAGAUAGCUAUUAAGAAUUGAAAUGAACUACUAAGGACUAAAGUUAAAAUGAUUUUCUUGUCUGCUCCAUUUAGUUAAGGACAAGUUUUGAAAAUAUUGCAUGAAAUAUUAAUGUUAUGUAUGUAAAUAUUAAAUUAUGUAUGUAUUAAUGAAACCCAGAGGCAACAAAAAAGUAAAAGGGAAAAAAAAUUCAUUAUUUUGUCUGGAAAAAGCCCUAGGCUUAAAUGUACAAGAAACAGUCCUAUUUGCAUUACUAGCCGACUCCAUCUUGGUUUCCUCAUUUGUAAAAUGCUGUGACAGUUACAGAGAUUGUCAUCAUUAGCAUCAUCCCUGUAUCCCAGAGUCGAGGAAAGAAUCUGAAUGCUUAAGAAGUGGUAAACUCUUUGAUAAUGUGAAAAGUUUCACGAAGAAGUAUAUCCCAGUCUUUCUGCAUCCCAUUUUCUCCAUGUUCCUCUAUAAAAUAAAAUCAAUUUCACUGUAAUUAUAAUAUCUAUUGUAAAAAAAUGUGGAUUGGUUUGUGAACUUAAACAUCUGGCAUCAAUAGUCUUCAGAAGCCACACAAUUUCAUGUGUUAUGUUUAUAAACUAUCCAUGGAAAUAAAAUGACCAGCAUGAGAUUUUUAGCAUUGACGGUGAUUUAGCAUUUCUUUUUAGUGCAAACUAUUCAUAAGUUACUCUCCAUUAAAUAUUUAUACAUUUUAAUAUUUUAUAACUAGGAAGGUUUGAAAAAUGAAAACAUUAGCAAGACUUAUUCUGGGAUUUGUCAUCCUGGAUGCUGCUGUGACUGCCCCAACUCUAGAGUCCAUCAACUAUGACUCUGAAACCUACGAUGCCACCUUAGAAGAUCUGGAUAAUUUAUACAACUAUGAAAACAUACCUAUGGGUCCAGCUGAGAUCGAUGUUGCGACAGUGAUGCCUUCUGGAAACAGAGAGCUCCUCACCCCGCCCCCACAGCCAGAGGAGGCUGAAGAGGAGGAGGAGGAGUCCACCCCCAGAUUAAUCGACGGCUCCUCCCCACAGGAGCCUGAAUUCACUGGGGUUCUGGGCCCACACACCAAUGAAGACUUUCCAACCUGCCUUCUGUGUACCUGUAUAAGUACCACCGUGUACUGUGACGACCAUGAACUUGAUGCUAUUCCUCCUCUGCCCAAGACCACCGCUUAUUUCUACUCCCGCUUUAACAGAAUUAAAAAGAUCAACAAAAGUGAUUUUGCAAACCUAAAUGAUCUAAGAAGGAUUGAUCUGACAUCAAAUUUAAUAUCCGAGAUUGAUGAAGAUGCAUUCCGAAAACUGCCUCAACUCCAAGAGCUUGUUCUUCGUGACAACAAGAUAAGGCAGCUCCCAGAAUUGCCAACCACUUUGACAUUUAUUGAUAUUAGCAACAAUAGACUUGGAAGGAAAGGAAUAAAGCAAGAAGCAUUUAAAGAUAUGUAUGAUCUGCGUCAUCUCUACCUCACGGAUAACAACUUGGACCACAUCCCUCUGCCUCUUCCAGAAAAUCUACGGGCCCUUCACCUCCAGAAUAACAACAUUCUGGAGAUGCAUGAAGAUACCUUCUGCAAUGUUAAAAAUUUGACUUAUAUUCGUAAGGCACUAGAGGAUAUCCGACUGGAUGGAAACCCUAUCAAUCUCAGCAAAACUCCUCAAGCAUAUAUGUGCCUACCUCGUUUGCCUGUUGGGAGCCUUGUCUAAUUUCAGAUGAUGGUUAGCAUUAGGAUGCUUCCUAUAACAGAACAAUUCUUAUUGUUCUCUUCAAAAAGAAAACUCAGCAUGAUACUUUCAAAAUGUGUUCUGAAAGAUGAUAUAAUUACAUAAAAUACAGCUAAAAGUUUUAACAGAAUACCAGUUUAGUAUCAUUAAAAAAACACCCAAUAAAUCAAGAAUAAACCAAAAGAUAUAAAGAGCAAAACUAAAAGAUAGAAAAUAUUUCACAGAUAUUUCUUAUAAAUCACAUGUAAUAUGCAAGUUUUAGAGAUUCACAGCUUAUAUAAUAUUAAAUUAAUCAUAUAAUAAAAAUUAAAAAUUAACACCUUUAGGUAUAUUGCCAAGAUUUAGUUGUUUUAAAUAAACUUUUCAAUUCUUUUCUUUUCACUAAAGCAUGUUUCUGUUUUUAAAUUCCUUAAGGAAAAUGAAGAAAUGAAUAAAAAUAUUUGAAAAUUAUAAUGGCCUUGUGGGAAAAUAGUCAUUAUAAUCACAACAUGCAAAUAAUCAUAACAAAAACACACAUAGCUUUGGUUGUUGAAUAAUAUGUUAACAAUUUAAUUUCUGCCAACUCAUUUUUGACCUUUUCUAAACCAACUAGUUACUUGGCAUAUUCUUGUGCCCAUCCAAAAAAUAAAUAAAAUAAAAUACAGAAAAUAGAAAAUAUAGGCAAGGAUAUGAAAAGGACAGUAGGGAAGAGGUUAAGAAUACCUUCUAGAGGAGUUCCCAUCAUGGCUCAGCCGAAAUGGAUCUGACUAGAAUCCAUGAGGACGCAGAUUGGAUCCCUGA